AUGAGGAAACUCAUCAGGAAUUCGGCGAAAGUUGUCGAUUUGGCUUCUUAUAAGAAGCAUUUGUUUUCUCCUUCUUUGGAGGAAGUUGUUAAGAAUUAUCAGAAAGAGGUGGAGUUGGAAAGUAAGAGUUGUAAGGUCAAGCUCUCGGCUUUGUACGCCAAGGUAUUGGGUACAGUGGAGAAAGCGGAAGAAGGAAUGAGCAGCGAUGAAAUAACAGAUUUAGAGGAGAAAAGAAGGCGAAUCCUCGAACAGUUAAGGGAAGUGGAAGAAGAUGAGCCUUGUCCAAUCAAACGAUUCAAACCUAUAGAAUCCGAUAUCCCGGAGACUCCCGAACAGAACACUAUCGACAACAUUGAAUUCAAUAAUCCAACAAAUAAUGGAGUAAACCUAGAUGAUUAUAAAGUGAUAAACCCCGAGCCUCAAUGCAGUUCUGUUUCCAGUCCUGAUACAGAAGAUAUAGCAAUCUCCCCACCUGAUGUAGCUAAUACGGAAAGUAAUAAAGAGGAUGGCAAAGCAAAUCCUGAUCAGGUAGAAGAUCUAUUAGAGGAAGCUGAAGCCAAUCAGGAUAACUCGAAAACAUACUGGAAAAUGGUGUUGGAAAACAUGGAGAAUGAUCAUUUCGAUCCUUUACCUGAAGGAUGGUGUCGGAUGACUCACAAUUGCGGUCUUCCAAUAUAUUUGAACCGCACAACAAGAGUGUGUACUAUGUCUAGACCUUAUUUCAUUGGUACAGGGUCCGUACGUAACCACAAGGUUCCUUUGACAGCGAUCCCGUGUCUGCACCAAAAACGAUUAAAUGAUAAAAAGGAAAAGGAAGAAACAGCUCUUCAAGACAACAGCAGAGACAUAGAUGAAUUUGGAUCAAAGUUGUUAGAAAAGCUUCCUGCUCCCCAGAUACGUAUUGAGAAUUCAACAGAUUAUCAGCUUGGGCCAAAGGAGAUAACCGAUUACGCCAGUUCUAUAUUCCGAUUCAAAAAACUCCAGGUUUCACACUAUGUUAGUUUCGAGGAAAGGAAAAGAAAGAAGAAUAACGCCAGGUUUGAAGAAACUUUACGUGAUGCAGGAUUAACACUCGAUGACGUGAAAGGUGAUGAAGAGUCUAUCAUUUCCCCUUCCGGAAUUUCACUCAUCAAUAUCCCAACAACUGAUAAUCGUUUCCAUAAGAAGAACUUCGUUAUGAAUCCUGCUGGUCGUACUUCACUUAUGAUCCUCCAUGAGUAUGUUCAAAGAGCCUUAAGAGGACGGAUAGUCUACGAUAUUGACGAAACAAAUAAACUCUAUAGAAGUGCUUAUAAUGUUAGAGCUGUGUUGUAUAUAAAGAAAAGCAUUCGAAUACAAGCAGCUCCUACUGUAAAGGAGAAGCUUGCUUUGCUGCAGGAUCGAGAGCGCACGAAAGUUCUUUAUUUAGUGGAUGGAGCCAAGGAUGAUGAAGAUACCAUAGUUAUGGGGAUAGGACAGGGAACUAGUAAACGUGCAGGGAAAAUGGUGGCUGCAGAGAUGGCAUUGAAGAUUCUGAUGCCGAAUUUACGAUUCAAUGAAGAACACAUCGCAUCCCUAGCGAAUCAAGCAUGUCCCGAUGAGCCGUAUGAUGUUCGGGCGAUAGAGCUUUUUGAUCAUUUGGCAAUUGAUGAUCCUCGUGUGUCCGAGCUUUGUGUCAAAACGGGACAACCAAAACCUAUGGUCAUACUCAAGGAAGCAUGUAAUCGCUCUAUGAAGUUGCAUGGCAGCCAACCAAGUGUUGUGAAUCGUACAGUUGAUCACCAGCAAUCAGAAGUAACAGUGACUGUUGGUGAAUAUAGUUGUACGGUGAAAUCCAUUGGAGCGAAAGGUGGAAAACAGAAGGCCGCGCAAGGUAUUUUGAAACAACUGCAUCCUGAGCUUCUGAAUUUUGGAUCCAUCCUUCGACUGUACGCGAGUGUGCAAGAGAAAACUGACAAGAUGGUUACGCAAAAAAGUCAUAAAGAGGUCGUGGGAUUACAAAACAAAGGUUCGAGAAAUGCACCAAAUCACGCAGUCUUAGAAAAAUUGCGAGAGGAAAUGCGCAAAGUUCUCCCAUCCAAAAUCAGACGCUUUGAAAUAUCGACUACAUUCCCCCUGUUACCGAUGCCUGAUGUGUUUCCGAAUGAGAGAGAAGAUAUCGUUCAAGCUGAGUAUAAUUAA